UCAAACUAAAAAGUAUAGAGUGAGUGUGCUGUAUGUAAGCUUGGUUUAUCUGUAGCAGUUUAAUGUGCUCAGUUUUUUUGGCAUUCUAGUCAUUUUGGAUUGUGGACAUCAGUAUAUCAUGCUGUUGAUAGAUUUUGAUAUAAAGUAACAAAACGUUUCUGUCAGGAGUUAUUCAGUGGACUGACUGUUGUCUGUAUAUAUCAAAUACUUCAGGGGCUGAAACUGAAACUGGAGCACAAAAGUGAAUAAAAAGACUUCUGGGAGAAAGAAAACAUGCAGAAUCUCUGUACAACAAAUGGGAGAACAGAGCAGUGCUGUGGAGAGCACAGACGGAGACUGGAGUUGUUCUGCCAGGAAGAUGAGGCCUUUGUUUGUGUCCUGUGUGUUCCCAGACAUUCCUGCCACAACUUUGUGUUCCUGCAUGAGGCAGUCAGUGUGUAUAAGGACAAAAUCAAAGUAUCCUUAUCAGUUCUUGAAUCCAAACCUAAUGAUCUCAGAAACUUAGCAACCAAGAAAGAAAAGGAACUUGGAGACGUACAGGAAGAUGCUUAUAGCUUGGAACAGUACAUUACACAAGAGUAUGCAAAACUGCACCAGUUUCUUCAUGAUAAAGAACAAAAACUAAUCCAACAGCUUAAGGAUGAAGAAGCAGAAAUUCUGCGACAGAUUGAAACAAAACUUGAAAGCGAAGAUGUGUGUAGUUUGGAACAAUACAUUACACAAGAGUUCGCAAAACUGCACCAAUUUCUUCAUGAUAAGGAACAAAAACUAAUCCAACUGCUUAAGGAUGAAGAAGCAGAGAUUUUAAGAGAGAUGGAAAAAAAUCUUGAAAGCGUAAGAAAUGAUGUUGUGGCCACUCAUGUGGCAGUGUCUUAUUCAAGCUUGGAGCUGAGGAAAAAAGUCAUAGAGACUCUUGAAGAAAAUGAAGACAGUAAUGUAGGUCUUAAAACUUCUGUUUUGGCCACUCUGGAAGUGGUGGCCGAGGAUAUGUCCGAACUUAUAAAUCAGAAAACUACUGGUUUUCUAACAGCACCAGAAACAUUCGAGGAUGUUGCUGUCACUUUCUCAGAAGAAGAGUGGAAGAUGUUAAGUAAACAAGACAAGGACCUAUAUAGGGAAGUGAUGGUGCAGAACUAUGAAAGCUUGAUAUCAGUAGGGUACAAAAUCCCCCCAGAAAAAAUAUUAUUGCUAAUUAAACAAGAUUCUGAUGAACCGCCAAAGUGUGAUGUGGAGGGAAAACAUAUCACAAAACAGCAGGGUAAUCAAGAAGGUGGCUUCAACAGAUCUGAAGUCCCAUCAGAGAAAUUAUUAUUGCUUCUUAAAGAAGGUUAUGGUGAACUACCACAGGAUGAUGAUGUGAGAAAAAAUGCUACAGAAAAGAACAAUAACCCUGAGCACAUGCUGAAGAAUGACAGAAGCACAGAUAGCAGUGUGAUUUGCCAUCAGCAUGAAGCACUUGUGACAUCCCUGUUACAUCACCCUAUGGACAACCUGCAGCACUGUGCUCAACCUGUGAAGGCUACCGACAGGCUUCAUUUCACACCUGCAACACCAUUUCACUUGGAGCUUAACUGUAGCAAGAGCUGUGAAUUUAAUGCAAGCCUUGCUUUGCAGCAAGGUCCAGUAGUGCAGCCAUCUUGUGCAACGGACAAACCAUAUCAAUGUCCGGAGUGCAGUAAGUGUUUUACACAGAAUUCUGAAAUGAGACGGCAUAUGGCUAUUCACACAGGAGUAAAACCGUACAAGUGUACUGAAUGCAGUAAGUGUUUUACAACGAGUACUCAUAUGAGAAGGCAUAUGGCUAUUCACACAGGAGCAAAACCAUACAAGUGUACUGAAUGCAGUAAGUGUUUUACACAGAGUUCUAAUAUGAAGCAGCAUAUGGCUAUUCACACAGGAGCAAAACCAUACAAGUGUACUGAAUGCAGUAAGUGUUUUACACACAGUUCUGCAAUGAAGCAUCAUAUGGCUAUUCACACAGGAGCAAAACCAUACAAGUGUACUGAAUGCAGUAAGUGUUUUACACACAGUUUUGCUAUGAAGCGCCAUAUGGCUAUUCACACAGGAGUAAAACCAUACAAGUGUACUGAAUGCAGUAAGUGUUUUACACAGAGUUCUAAUUUGAGAAGUCAUAUGGCUACUCACACAGGAGUAAAACCAUACAAGUGUACUGUAUGCAGUAAGUGUUUUACACAGAGUUCUCAGAUGAAACAUCAUAUGGCUAUUCACACAGGAGCAAAACCAUACAAGUGUACUGAAUGCAGUAAGUGUUUUACACACAAUUCUGUUAUGAGACGUCAUAUGGCUAUUCACACAGGAGCAAAACCAUACAAGAGUACUGAAUGCAGUAAGUGUUUUGCACACAAUUCUGUUAAGAGAUGUCAUAUGGCUAUUCACACCGGAGUAAAAUACAAGUGUACUGUAUGCAGUAAGUGUUUUACACAGAGUUCUCAGAUGAAAAGUCAUAUGGCUAUUCACACAGGAGCAAAACCAUACAAGUGUACUGAAUGCAGUAAGUGUUUUACACAGAGUUCUAAUUUGAGAAGUCAUAUGGCUAUUCACACAAGAAUAAAACCAUACAAGUGUACUGUAUGCAGUAAGUGUUUUACAUGGAGUUCUCAGAUGAAAAGACAUAUGGCUAUUCACACAGGAGCAAAGCCAUAGUGUACUGAAUGCAGUAAGUGUUUUGCACACAGUUCUGCUAUGAGACGUCAUAUGGCUAUUCACACAGGAGUAAAACCGUACAAGUGUACUGAAUGCAGUAAGUGUUUUACAUGGAGUUCUUCUAUGAAAUCUCAUAUGGCUCUUCACACAGGAGUAAAAUCAUACAAGUGUACUGUAUGCAGUAAGUGUUUUACACGGAGUUCUACUUUGAGAAGUCAUAUGGCUACUCACACAGGAGUAAAACCAUACAAGUGUACUGUAUGCAGUAAGUGUUUUACACGGAGUUCUACUUUGAGAAGUCAUAUGGCUACUCACACAGGAGUAAAACCAUACAAGUGUACUGUAUGUAGUAAGUGUUUUACACAGAAUGCUGAAAUGAUACACCAUAUGGCUAUUCACACAGGAGCAAUCAUGGAAAUAUCGAAUAGAGAAAACUAUAAAGCAGCUAAGACCAGAAGUAUCAAUUUGCUACAAAACAACAAACUCCCCCGAACUGGAUAUAAACAGGAAGUUUCCAUGAAGGAGUAUGCUGUGAACUGCCUGCUAUCUGAUAUGGAUAAAAGGUUGCAGAGACCAAAACGGCUGAAACUAGGGAACAAAACACUGGAAAAAGACUGCAGAGAGAAAGAAGAGAUGCAGAAUGUGUGUGCUACAAAUGGGGGAACAGAGCAGUGCUGUAGGGAGCACAGACAGAGACUGGAGUUGUUCUGCCAGGAGGAUGAGACGUUUAUUUGUGUCCUGUGUGUUCCCAGGCAUUCAUGUCACAGUUUUGUGUUCCUGCAUGAUGCAGUCAGUGUGUAUAAGGACAAAGUUAAAAGAGCCUUGUCAACCAUCAGAUCCAAAGUUGGCGUUUUAAAAAAUAUACAAAACAAGAGUGAGAAGGAACUCAAAGUCAUGCAUGAAGAUGCUUAUAGUUUGCAACAGUACAUUAAUCAAGAAUUUGCAAAACUGCAUCAGUUUCUCCAUGAAAAGGAGCAGAAACUCAUUCACCAACUUAAGACGGAAGAAGAAAAAACUCUGAAUGAAGUAGAAAAAAACCUUGACUGCAUCAAAAGUGAUGUUAUAUCCACCGACAUUACAGUGGUUGAUGCCAACUUGGAGCUCAAGAAGCUAGUCAUAGAGACUCAAGAUGAAAAGGAAGAAACCAAUUUAUACAUUAAAAAUGAUGUCAUGGCCUUUCAGGAAACAGUACCUCAUAACUCAGAAGUUGAAAAAGUACCAGUAUUGUUUGAGGAUGUAGCUAUUUCAUUCUCAGAGGAGGAGUGGAAGAUGUUAAGAAAACAAGACAAGGAGCUUCACAGGGAAGUGAUGGCACAGAACUAUGAAACCUUAAUUUCUAUCGGAUCUGAAGUCCCGUCAGAGAAAUUAUUAUUGCUCCUUAAAGAAGGUUAUGGUGAACAGCCACAGGAUGAUGAUGUCAGAAAAAAUGCCACAGAAAAGAACGAUAACCCUGUCCACAACCUGAACAGAUCUGAAGUCCCAUCAGAGAAAUUAUUAUUGCUUCUUAAAGAAGGUUAUGGUGAACUGCCACAGGAUGAUGAUGUCAGAAAAAAUGCUACAGAAAAGAACAAUAACCCUGAGCACAAGCUAAAGAAUGACAGAAGCACAGAUAGCAGCAUGAUUUGCCAUCAGCAGCAACCACUUGCGACACCCCUGUUACAUCACCCUAUGGACAACCUGCAGCAGUGUGCUCAACCUGUGAAGGCUACCGAGGGGCUUCAUUUCACACCUGCAACACCAUUUCACUCGGAGCUUAACUGUAGCAAGAGCUGUGAAUUUAAUGCAAGUCUUGCUUUGCAACAAGGUCCAGUAGUACACCAGCCAUCUUGUACAAAGGACAAACCAUAUAAAUGUCCUAAAUGCAAUAAGUAUUUUUCAACCAGAGGUUGUCUAACAAGCCAUCAGGCCAAUCAUGUGGGGAGCAAACCAUAUCAGUGUACUGAGUGCAGUAAGUGCUUUAGAUGGCGUUCUAGUAUGAUGCGUCAUAUGGCUAUACACACAAGAGCAAAACCAUACAAGUGUACUGAAUGUAGUAAGUGUUUUUCAUGUAGAAGUGACCUAAUACAACACCAGGUCAUUCAUACAGGUGCAAAACCAUAUCAAUGCACUGAGUGUAGUAAGUGUUUUAGAUGGCGUUCUAGUAUGAUGCAUCAUAUGGCUAUUCACACAAGAGCAAAACCAUACAAGUGUACUGAAUGUAGUAAGUGUUUUUCAUGUAGAAGUGACCUGAUAAAACACCAGGUCAUUCAUACAGGUGCAAAGCCAUAUCAAUGCACUGAGUGUAGUAAGUGUUUUACACAGAGUUCUAGUAUGAUGCGCCAUGUGGCUAUUCACACAGGAGCAAAACCAUACAAGUGUACUGAAUGCAGUAAGUGUUUUACACAGAGGGGUAAUAUGAUACGCCAUAUGGCUAUUCACACAGGAGCAAAACCAUACAAGUGUACUGAAUGUAGUAAGUGUUUCACACGGAGUGAUGAUAUGACACUCCAUAUGGCUAUUCACACAGGAGUAAAACCAUACAAGUGUACUGAAUGCAGUAAGUGUUUUUCAUAUAGAUGUUUCCUGAUACAACACCAGCGUAUUCAUACAGGUGCAAAGCCAUAUAAAUGCACUGAAUGUAGUAAGUGUUUCACAGUUAAACAAAAUUUAGUAUAUCACCAAGUGAAUCAUACAGGUGCAAAGCCAUAUAAAUGCACUGAAUGUAGUAAGAGUUUUGAACAGCAUUCUAAGCUGAUGCACCAUAUGGCUAUUCACACAGGAGUAAAACCAUACAAGUGUACUGAAUGCAGUAAGUGUUUUUCCUGUAGAAGUCACCUGAUACAACACCAGCUUAUUCAUACAGGUGCAAAGCCAUAUAAAUGCACUGAAUGUAGUAAGUGUUUCACACAUAAACAAAGUUUACUAUAUCACCGACUGACUCAUACAGGUGCAAAGCCAUAUAAAUGCACUGAAUGUAGUAGGAGUUUUGCACAGCAUUCUAACAUGACACGCCAAAGGCUACUCACAAGAGCAAAACCAUACAAGUGUACUGAAUGCUAUAAGUGUUUUUUACGUAGAAGUCACGUGAUACAACACCAGAUCAUUCAUACAUGUGCAAAGCCAUAUAAAUGCACUGAAUGUAGUAAAUGUUUCAAAUAUCAAAAAAGGUUAGUAACUCACCAUGUCAAUCAUAUAGAGAACAAACCACAUAAAUGUGCUGAAUUCAAUAAAUAUUUUUUAACCAGAUGUUGUCUAACGCGCCAUCAGACCAUUCAUGUUGAUAGCAAACCAUAUCAAUGUACUGAGUGCAGUAAGUGUUUUACACAAAGAUCUAAUAUGAAGCAGCAUGUGGCUAUUCACACAGGAACAAAACCAUACAAGUGUACUGAAUGCAGUAAGUGUUUUACACAAAGAUCUAAUAUGAAGCAGCAUAUGGCUCUUCACACAGGAGCAAAACCAUACAAGUGUACUGAAUGCAGUAAGUGGUUUGCACAGAGUUUUCAUAUGAGAAAUCAUAUGGCUAUUCACACAGGAAAAAAAAGAGGGAGCAACAGUGAUUACCAUCAUGGAAAUAUUGAAUAG